UAGGAAGCUGAUUGAGAUGUGUUUUUGAAGAGGAAAAAGUCCUCUUUCCGAUAGCGUUGGUCCCGUCUUCGCGCGACUUUCCGUUCCCUUGCUACAUUCCGAGGAGCGCCUGGGCGCUGGGGCAUGGCCUGGCGGGCAGGUGGCCUUCUUGCCGUUUCUGCGCUGCGGGCGGCGUCCAUUUCGCUUGCAAGCUUCGUUGCGUUCGCACGCCUUUUUCUGGCUCCCGUUGUCUCGCGUUCCGUCGUUGCUCUGGUGCCCUGGACUGCUGUGAAUGUGUUUUUAUGCCCUACUAGUGUUGCCUGGGGGUGCUUUCAUGUGUGCACAGGCUGAGGAUCAGACCCCAGGCAUAGUGAUCAGAAGCCUUGCGAUUUCUUAGAUUAAAGGUUAGUUCUAUGUUUGUACGAUUCGUGCAACUUUUGUUUGGUAUCAUUCCUAGCGUGUGGGUUCUAUUACUUUAUGCUAGCAGUGUGAUUAUUACCCUUUUGAUUCCUAUUACCCUAUGCUUUAUCGUUCAGCUAAGUGUACUCGUGACCCUACCAGCACUUUUCAAGAUACUUUCGACGUAUUCAUUGCGGUGAACAACGCGGUUGGGACAGCACACUCACGACGUGGGAAGGUCACAGAAAUGUUGAAAGACAUCAGAUUGGGCAUACGCUUCACCCGUGCAACUUCGUCAUGUGCUCCACGGCUUUACGGCUGUGCCACUAUGUGUGGAAACGUCGUAGCGGAUGAAUGUGAAUUAUGGAUCUCCAAGUGGCGUCGCCCGCGUCAUUUUCAAGAUUUUACCCGUUUUGAAGGCAAUAGGGCUGUUGAUAGGCAGAAUGCUAGGCUACUGCAGACUGCAACCAUAGGCGCUGUGUCUAAAGGUUAAGCUCACAUGACGCGGCAGGGAAGGGAGUCCGUGGCGAAAAGUGAAUAUAGCCGAAGUUGGAUAGCGUUAAUUUUUGCGCACGAAAGGCAAGCUGGACACAUCGCAAAUCUCCACUUGUACGAAACACAGUGCAGCAUGGUCGUCGGUUAUGCCAGUGCUUCAACAUAUGUUUCAGCGUCGCACUUCGGACAUUGCGGGCAUAUACCUUUAAGUUUUUCCCCUUGUGGACCGAUGCUGUGUGUGUUCAUGGACAUCAUGUUUUCAAAGACAUGUAAGUUCUCAAUAAUAAUGCAAAAAAAUGCUGGUCAUGUUACGCUGUGAUAUAAUACCUGGUGAGGUAAUACGAUGCUAUGACGCUCAGUUUCAUACGAAAUAAAGUGUUUG